GGCGGCGGCGGCCCUGGGCGGCCCAGUCGGCUUGUCAGCCGGCUUGGGGACGCUGUCCGGCGCUUGCGCAGCGGUGGCCAUGGCGUCGGAGGAGGAGGAGGUGGACUCGGCGGACACCGGCGAGAGGUCAGGAUGGCUAACUGGUUGGCUUCCCACCUGGUGCCCUACAUCUACAUCACACCUUAAAGAAGCUGAAGAGAAAAUGCUAAAAUGUGUCCCCUGCAUAUACAAAAAAGAACCUGUUCGUAUAUCUAAUGGGAAUAAAAUAUGGACACUGAAGUUCUCGCAUAGUAUUUCAAAUAAGACUCCGCUUGUCCUCCUCCAUGGUUUUGGAGGAGGUCUUGGACUCUGGGUACUGAAUUUUGGAGAUCUUUGCACUGAUAGGCCCGUCUACGCUUUUGACCUGCUGGGCUUUGGACGAAGCAGUAGACCCAGGUUUGACAGUGAUGCAGAAGAAGUGGAGAAUCAGUUUGUGGAAUCCAUUGAAGAGUGGAGAUGCGCCCUAGGACUGGACAAAAUGAUCUUGCUUGGGCACAACCUGGGUGGAUUCUUGGCUGCUGCUUACUCACUGAAGUAUCCCUCAAGGGUUAAUCAUCUCAUUUUAGUGGAGCCAUGGGGUUUUCCUGAGCGACCAGACCUUGCUGAUCAAGACAGACCCAUUCCAGUGUGGAUCAGAGCCCUGGGAGCAGCGCUGACUCCCUUUAACCCUUUAGCUGGCCUGAGAAUUGCAGGACCCUUUGGUUUAAGUCUAGUGCAGCGUUUGAGACCCGACUUCAAACGGAAGUACUCGUCGAUGUUUGAGGAUGAUACUGUGACAGAGUACAUCUAUCACUGUAACGUGCAGACCCCCAGUGGCGAGACGGCUUUCAAGAAUAUGACGAUCCCUUAUGGGUGGGCAAAAAGACCCAUGCUCCAGCGAAUCGGUAAAAUGCAUCCUGACAUCCCCGUGUCCGUGAUCUUUGGCGCCCGGUCCUGCAUAGAUGGCAACUCUGGCACCAGCAUCCAGUCAUUGCGACCACACUCAUACGUGAAGACAAUAGCUAUUCUUGGAGCGGGGCAUUACGUGUAUGCAGAUCAACCGGAAGAGUUCAACCAGAAAGUAAAGGAGAUCUGCGACUCUGUGGACUGAGCGUGGCGAGGCUCUGCUGGAGGCCCAGGCCAGCUCCUCGCAGCGGUGCGCAGCUGCCGUGAGCGGUGACAAACACAAGAUAAGCACGAAGCAGUCGUCCGGCUGCACCUCGCACAUUUAAGCCAACCAGUGCCUUCUAGAACGGCUUUCUUUUCUCCUCCGCAGAGGUGACAUACACAAGAGUCUCCAAAAUUAAUAGCUUUAAUAAAGGGUGAUUUGUCCCUCUGAUGUACUGAAAAAUUGUAAUUUUUCAACUGAAAGUUUUUCAUUUUUAUCUAACUUUGCUAGUUAAGUACAUUUUUAUAUUGCAGUUUAUAAUUGCCAAUUUAAAGAAGUGAUUUCUGGGUCUACUGUGUUAUAUAUUAUAAAGGUGCACUUUAUUGUCCUUGUCUGUGUAUUUGCCUUGUCUAGUGACUCAUAUAGGUAAUCCAGAUUCAAUGUGGUUUUUUUUAUGUAAACAUUUUUUUUUUUUUUUUUUUAGAAUACUUCAUUUUUGAGAUGGAGUGUCAAGAUAGGUUUUUGGCUAAAAUGAUGGGAAUUAAUCACUAACAUUAGUUUUCCUAGUUUUUCUCUGCUUUCUACUUAAGGUGGCAAAGAUGUAAUUCAUCCUGCCAUGCAGGCCGCAGUAACCUUUGGAAACGUGUGCGUGUGAUUUCCUUCCGUGCUUCUGAGGAAACAGGACGUCAACGCUGAAGCGCUCCAAGGGCUGAAAGGCCUUAACUGGAAAGUCUGCCCUUUUUUACUCUCCACUGAGUCUGUGCUGUUCUUUGAACCAGGAUGCAGCCACUGGAACAGCUUUCCUCAGGGAAGGGGGUUUUAAUACUGUCCCAUUCCAGAAACCAAGUCAUGUCAUGUUUCCCUUAACAGCUAAAUCUUCUAGAUGGCUGCUAAAACUGGAUUAUGUUUUUAACCACUAAAUAUGGAAACGAGUGGUGCUGUUAUGUCCCACAGCACCAGAAAUGAGCAAGCACUUGGUUUUUAUUUUAAUUAUUAAUAGCAUCAGGCCGGCACCGCGGCUCACUAGGCUAAUCCUCUGUCUGCAGCGCCGGCACCCCAGGUUCUAGUCCCGGUCGAGGCGCUGGAUUCUGUCCCGGUUGUUCCUCUUCCAGUCCAGCUCUCUGUUGUGGCCCGGGAAGGCAGUAGAGGAUGGCCCAAGUGUUUGGGCCCUGCACCCGCAUGGGAGACCAGGAAGAAGCACCUGGCUCCUGGCUUCAGAUCGGCACAGCGCGCCGGCCGUAGCGGCUAUUUGGGGGGUGAACCAGUGGAAAAAGGAAGACCUUUCUCUUUGUCUCUCUCUCUCUCACUGUCCACUCUGCCUGUCUGCUGUUAAAAAAAAAAAAAAAAGUAUCAUGUUGGCUGAAUCAUUUAAAUACUUGAAGUUACAGUAUCAGAAUUCUCUGGUGUUGAUUGAACUAUUUGACCACAACUAGUGUCAAGUGUAGCAUUUUCUAACAGUUUUUAAAUGAGGAAAACUUCUUUGAAACUGUGAAAAAGCUCCAUGUGGCAACUGGCUGCUGAGAAAAACUCUUCACAAAAGAGAAGUGAAUGGAAUGGUUGGCAACCAGGCAUCUUGGCCUUGGAUUUGCUGUCUGCCUGUCUAGGAGAAAGGCGGUUAUGUAGAUAAACAGUGAACUAGAGCACAUCAUGGUUAAUGGUUUGGGUUAUUGCAUUUUUAAAAUGGUUAAUUAGGAAAUUUGUGGUUGUUAGGAAAUGUAAGGUUGUUACCACUAUUGAUUAACUGCCAGGAAGACUGAAUGUCCUAUUUGCAGCAUUAUCUCCCCAACAAAAGGAUAGGCAAAUGAUGCUGAAGCGUGGCCAAUAGCCUUCCAAUGAACAGCUUGUCUCCUUUGUCAGAUUAGCUAGGUUAGUGCUGGCAGGCAACACGGGAACCAAGGUGGGCCUCUAAUAGCUGUACCUUAAGAACACAGAUAGUUUAUAGUUAGUGUCUUGGGUAGCCAGAUUCGUACCUGUAAGUGGUGCAGAUAAUUUGGCACAGAUGUUUUUAUUGGACCCACUCUGCAGCCUUUCUGAACUACCCUUUGCUGGGUAGCCAUUUUCAUCUGUACAAGAAAGCUUCUGCAUGGAAAACCUGGCCCUGGAAGGCAAGUUACUGGUUUCACUUAGUAAAUGGGAUUUCUGACCAGAGACGUGCCAAGUGAUUCAGGAAAAGGACAUACCUAAAUAUCCAGUGAAACUUACUUCCCUACUAACUGAAUUUACUUCAUUUGGAAAAUGUUGUCAUAAUUCUUUUAAAAGUUGCAUUUUACCUUCGGGUAUCUGUAAUGUUGUGAAUAUCGAACUAGCAGAUAUUCACAGUCCCAGAAUUCCUGAAAAUACAGAGGGUGCUAAAUGUUUUCUUAAAAGAAAAUUCGAUUGCAGUAUUGGGUCUUUGCUAAGUUAUGCACAAUGUAUUUUAACAAAUAAAUGUUGCUGUGGUAGUCACUUUCUGAGUCUUUGGUGU